UUUCUCUUUUUGAAUUAUAUGAUAUUUACAAUGCAUGAAUACGGAUACUUAAAUGGUAACGUGUCAAUAUUUUGCACUGUUAGUUGUAGACAAUAGGAUCAGUAUGUCGGGUGAAAUAAGCGAAGAACAGAAGCAAGAUAUCAAGGAAUGGUUCAAUAGAUUUGAUACAGAUAAAGAUGGUAAGCUAUCUAAAGAAGAAAUAACGAAAUUGUUACGUGUGGUAGGAAAUAACCCUACAGAGGAUGAUAUCACACAAGUAUUUAAAGAAGUUGACACAAAUGAUAAUGGUCUUAUCGAUCUGGAAGAAUUUCAAGCAUAUUAUGUAAACAACAUAGCUAAUGUGGACGAAAAACAAUCUCUUUUAGAAGCUUUUAAAUGCUUUGAUCAAAAUAACGAUGGAUUCAUCGAACGGGAUGAAUUAAUGAAAUUCAUGGAAGACCUAUCAGAGGAGCAGGCACAAGGAAUGAUUGAUAUGGCCGACAAAAAUGGCGACGGAAAAGUUAAUAUUGAAGAGUUUGUGGAAAUGAUGAUGGCGAUAUAGAUGACGUAAAUAAUUGAACAAAAACAUUAGAGUCUAUUAUCAACAAAAUUGUGAAGUGUUUGUGAAGAUUAUUUCAUAUACCUUCUUAGAAUAGUAUGUUUCUAUUUUGUAUUCAUGUCUGUUGUUAUUAAAGGUGAAGUAAAUCA